CUGGGCACUGCCAAGCUGGCCGCGCAGAAGCGGACCCGGGGGCGGGGCCCGCUGGCCCCGGGGGCCGCCAGGGGGCGCGCUGGCCGCGGCGGGCGGGCGGCUCGAGCCUGCGGCGCGUCUAGGCUGGCGCGGCUCCCCGCGCACUCGCUGCCCACAAAGCGCCGCUGCGGACCGCUGCGGGAAGCUGCCUCGGGACCAGCUCCGCGUCCGCGCGAGCCCCUGCGUGCGGGAAGGCAGGGCGGGGCCGGCGCCGCCUGCGGAGAGGACCGGGCUGCGGGGCCCGCGUGGGGCGGCGGCGGCGGCGACUCCGGGCCGGGCCGGGCAGCGCAGGGCCAUGGCCGAGGCGGCCGCGGCUCCGACUUCUGAAUGGGAUUCCGAGUGCCUUACAUCCUUGCAGCCCCUUCCUCUUCCUACACCCCCAGCAGCAAAUGAGGCACACCUGCAGACCGCAGCCAUCUCCCUGUGGACAGUGGUGGCCGCCGUGCAGGCCAUAGAGAGGAAGGUGGAGGUCCACAGCCGGCGACUCCUACACCUAGAAGGCAGGACAGGGACAGCAGAGAAGAAGCUAGCCAGCUGUGAAAAGACAGUGACCGAGCUUGGGAGCCAGCUGGAGGGCAAGUGGGCCGUGCUGGGGACCCUGCUGCAGGAGUACGGGCUGCUGCAGCGGCGGCUGGAGAACCUGGAGAACUUAUUGAGAAACAGGAACUUCUGGCUCCUGCGCCUGCCCCCAGGUAUUAAAGGCGAUGUCCCAAAGGUGCCUGUGGCAUUUGAUGAUGUCUCCAUCUACUUUUCCACUCCAGAGUGGGAAAAAUUGGAAGAAUGGCAAAAGGAGCUUUACAAGAAUAUCAUGAAGGGAAACUACGAGUCUCUCAUCUCCAUGGAUUAUGCCAUGAACCAACCUGAUGUCUUAUCUCAGAUUCAACCAGAUGGAGAACAUAAUGCAGAGGACCAGGCAGCACCAGAGGAAAGUGAGAUUCCUGCAGACCCCAGUGAAGAGCCUGGUCUUUCAACAUCAGAUAUUCUGUCUUGGAUUAAACAAGAGGAAGAGCCUCCGGUUGGGGCUCCACAGGAGUCCAAGGAGAGCGACAUGUACAAAGGCACCCAUGCAGAUGAAGAGCUUGUCAUCAAAGCUGAAGGCCUUACUGGAGCCUCCUUGUGCCCUGAAGUUCCUGUUGCCUUCUCUGCUCCACCAGCAGCAGCAAAGGAUGCUUUUUCAGAUGUGGCUUUCAAACACCAGCAGUCUGCACCCAUGACACCUUUUGGACGUGCAGCCACCGACUUGCCUGAAGCCUCAGAGGGACAGGUGACUUUUACUCAAUUGGGUAGCUAUCCGCUCCCACCUCCAGUUGGAGAGCAGCUGUUCUCAUGCCACCACUGUGGUAAGAAUCUAAGCCAGGACAUGUUGCUGACUCACCAGUGUGGCCUCGCUGGCGAUCACCCCUUACCCUGUGCCCAGUGCCCCAAGCACUUUGCCCCGCAGACGGACCUUGGCAGCACCUCCCAGGACCAUACCAGUGAGCCACCCCCGACCUGCCCACAUUGUGCCCGGACUUUCACGCACCCCUCAAGACUCACCUACCACCUUCGGGUCCAUAACAGCACUGAGCGCCCCUUCCCCUGUCCGGACUGCCCCAAGCGCUUCGCUGACCAGGCGCGACUCACGAGUCACCGGCGGGCUCACGCCAGUGAGAGGCCUUUCCGCUGUGCGCAGUGCGGCAGGAGCUUCAGCCUGAAGAUCAGCCUCCUGCUGCAUCAGCGCGGGCACGCACAGGAGCGCCCAUUCUCCUGCCCUCAGUGCGGCAUCGACUUCAAUGGCCACUCGGCCCUGAUCCGCCACCAGAUGAUCCACACGGGCGAGCGGCCAUACCCCUGCACUGACUGCAGCAAGAGCUUCAUGCGCAAGGAGCACCUGCUCAACCACCGGCGGCUGCACACAGGCGAGCGGCCCUUCCAGUGUGCGCACUGUGGCAAGAGCUUCAUUCGCAAGCACCACCUCAUGAAGCACCAGCGCAUCCACACAGGCGAGCGGCCCUACCCCUGCGCCCUCUGCGGCAGGAGCUUCCGCUACAAGCAGACGCUCAAGGACCACCUGCGUUCAGGUCACAGUGGAGGCUGUGUGGGUGAAAGCGACCCUGCCACACGCCCCCCCGACCCACCCGGCCCGCUCCUAGCUGGCCUCGAAACUUCUGGCCUGGGUGUUAACACGGAAGGUCUAGAGACCAGUCAGUGGUAUGGCGAAGGGAGUGGAGGGGGUGGGUUGUAAAUCCGCGGUUUAUCUGUGCUCACAACAGGGCAGAAAGUUCAUAUGAAGCCCCCUCCACCACUCACAGUAAUUAUUAUCUGACGCACAAGAAAUUUGGUGUCCUCUACACUCCACUGGAGACAGCUUAUAUUUUGGAACUUAACGUAAGUACCAGAAUACCACAUUUUAAAAUGCAGAAAGACCUGGAAAUGAGCCCAGCAGCCCCAUCUUUUCAAAGACACCACAAAAGCCAAAAUCAUAAAAAUAUUACAGAAUGGUUGGGAAGCAAGAGUCCACCUCAGGUUAUCCUGUCCCAGGAGAGCAGAAUGAGGAUGGACUGCUUCUAGGUAGAGACAAGGAGCAUCGGAAGAGCCCCCAAGCAUGAAGCAGGUCCUCAGGCAUGAGAAUGUGCCAAGCCUUUCAUUAAUUUCUCCACAGGUGAGAUGGUGUUGGAAGAACGGCCUUUAACCGCUGUUUGUGUUGCUGCUUCCUGGACACCAACUGAGCUCUGUGCAGCCACCUGUAUUGAUGCAGGAGGACUGGAGACUGCCUCCUAGCUUUCCCACACUGUCUUCUGAUACAUUCUGCUAAUACCUGCGAACAAAAAAAAUGACUUAAAUAGCUUAUUUAGGAGAACAGUUCUUAACUUUUACUGACUUGGUUUGAAGCAUUCAAGCCUUUGUACUGGUAUUUAAACUGCCAGAAAUCUUUGCCAAGGUCCUGGUUAAAAGCAGAGUUCUCAACCCAGCUUUAAAAGCUAGAGAUCCCAAGAAGUAGCUGGCAUAACGAUCAUAGAACUGCUUGAACUGCUUAAAAUCUGUGCCUGAAAUGCAGUUUUAGAGUGUUUUAUGUCACAUUCUCCCUUAUCUUUUCCAAGCCAGUAAGCUGGCUUUUCCAUUCCUGGUAUCUGCUUGUCUUGAUGAUCAUCAGCAACAAAGAUCACAGCACUUUCCAGAGGCAUUAGGAGUUUCAGAAAGCGCUCUGAGCUCUGGGCUCUCAUUUCCUCACUAGUGCGAUAACUGUUGUAGUGCGGCAUUCUCAAGCCCGCAGAGAGGCCAUCUGGUCCCUGCACCUGGCCCCACCCCACUGGCACCUCCUAGGCCACUGAGAGCUGAGUACCACAUGCAGACAAGGAUGACCUGUCCUGCCUGUUGUGCUUUUAGGUACCUCAGCUACCAUGUUUUUUUCCUUGGGGUCACUGUCACUUGGCAUGUCUGAUCCUGGUUUUGCUCCUCAGUGUCUUUGCAACUAGUUAAAAGCCCUUUUCUCUUUAUAGCUCUCAAAUUUCCAUCUGCAAAGUGAAGCUGGUAAAAGGGGGGAAGUUAGCCUUUAGAAAUUAAAAAAAAAAAAAAAAAUCCUGUGAUAUAUUCCAUCUCCUGCCAAAAUCCUGUUUCUGUCUUUGGCCUCUGUCCAGGUGAAGUUAAAUAAGACAGCAAAAUCAAAGCAGAGAUUCUUGCAGAAACUUGACUGAAAUUGAUCUGAUUUAUUGUUUUGCUCGUGCUUGGAGCCUGAGAUAGAAGAGAGAAUGCAGAAGCCCUGUGUCUUGAGCAGGAGACUUGUUUAUUCCUGCACCCUCUUGUUUCUCCUGAUUCUUCUCUGAUGCCUAGGACAAGGUCUGGGAAUAUUUUGACAGGACACUUUCUAGAUAAGUGGUAAGGAAGGGACCUGUUUUUCUCCUUAUCACUGAAUCCAACCUUUACCCUGCCUGGUUCUGUGUAGCUCCGCUAGGAGAGGACAUGAGCCCAGCUAGCUGUGCUCCUGGGAAGUUUGUCUGAAAAGGCUGCUCUUCAGGAUAGUCACAUUUUUAAAACACUGCUUGGUGACAUCCACAAUACCAGGGACCAUGGGAGACAUAAGAAACGUGUGUGAAACCUGGGCUGCUGUCUUAACUUUUAGUCUGUAGGCAAUGAAAAAGUCCAAGGGGACAGAACAAGAUGGAUGAUGGCAGAACCCUGGCAUAUUGGGACCAAGAGCUUUCUAACCACAAUCUGGCCCACCAGCAAAACUUGUGAGUUCUGGGAAUCCCAAAAUAGGGUUCCAUCUUCAUUGAUACACUAGGAACUUGAGUUUGAGAUUCAGUUUUGAUUUGUACUUUGAUUCCCCCAG